AUGGCUUCCAAGCGCAUCUUGAAGGAGCUCAAGGACCUUCAGAAGGAUCCGCCCACGUCUUGCAGCGCUGGUAUUUUUCGGAUCUGAAUUCUCGUUUCCUGAUCCGGUGUUGCUUCCUCCCCGACCUGUUGUGCAUUUUGGGUGUGGACGUUGACCAUCACUGCAUAAAAAAAUCGAUCGUUGUCUCUAAUUUUGGCGCCUGGACCUUCUAAUUUGUUGCAUGCGAAAUCCCCCUGAGGAUAUGAUAUGUUGUUAUAUGCGUCAACUUGGUGAGCGAUAGCUGGACGUUGACUUGUGAAACUAUGAAAAUUAUCUGGGCGAAGCGAAGAGCAUUCUUUCCAUCAAUAGCCUCUGUGUAUUGAAUUGUUGAAUUUCUGUUUGUCUUCGACCGGAUAUCUUGAUCGCGCGGCGAAAGACGAUUAUUGGAUCAUCUCGUGAUCACUUGUGUCUGAAUCUUGCGGAUUCAUGAUCUCUUUUAUUAGAGUUAGUAAUCGCACAUUUCCCUUGCAACUUUUGACCAUCUCCUGCUCGGUAUGCGAUGCUGAGCCGUCAUGAGCCUUGUCGUGUUUACGGCCUUGGUUGUGACAUCUUGUCUCUAGAACAGCUGAAAGGUGCAUUUUUUAGAAGCCAAUUUUAUGAUUAGCACGUUCACCUGAGUGAUGGUACUUGUAAGCAUUUUUUUUCCAAGAUUUCCAAGCAAGAAAUCUCCUGUGGAUUUACGAGCCCUCUGCAGAUGAUGACAUAACUACGGGCAGGAGUUGAGAAUCUGUGGAACCGUUAAGCAUCUCUGUAGUCACUCUGAUGCGCAUGUAUGUGAUUCUAAGGAGCGCGCACGGGAUGAUAUUAUGUAGCUUGCUCUGUGCUUUGGGUGGUUUUGAUGAAGCACGACACGAAGAAAAAUAUUUGGACGUUUUGGGAAUGUUUUAUAUUUUUUUCAAAAUUUCCAUUUUUUCUAUUUUUUCUUAGUCAUCUUCUACGUCAUAAUUUCGUUUCGUGUGAUGUAGGUAGGAGCCAGCUGUGUGUUAGGUCUUAAUGAUAUAGAUGAUAGGAUCGAUACCAAGAAGAUUUCUUCUUGGAUCAAUCAAAUAUUCACGGAUUGUUCUCAAGUUUUGACAUCCAAUCUUACACAGAUAAUGCUGUAAAUCGAAUUUUAUUUUUAUUUUUAUUUUUAUUUAGUAAUUAGUCACUCGAGUUAUAGGUAUCGCCACUAAAGAAAUUGAACGCAUACAGUCUGUGAGUGGAACCUGCGAAGCAAAUUGACAAUCAGCCUUGGGUUGCAUUGAUAGUUUAGGACAUGUGAGGUGCUGUGAUCAGUGAGAAAAAUCGCAGACUAUUAUAUUACUAUUGGCAGAGAAUCUGUGCGAGAGAAAAGUGAACAGAACGGCUAGAAAGCUAUUUUAUUUUUCUGUUCUUUGUUCUUGAUCAAACGUUGUGAUGCUUGUGGAUGAGUUGAAGGCACUCAGUCCAUUACUUCGGUAUUUCUGUCUGAAUAUCGUCACUUUUGGUCAGGUUCUAAUGCUCAUAGGUUGAUAAGAAAAUUCUGAGAAACUGUAUAGAUUACAUUAUCUUUCUAAAAUGGUAUAUGCGUUUGCUUAAAGGUUCAAGUUACACUGUUGCUUAGAAAAAGAGACUGAUCUAGUUUCAGAUUUUUCAUAUUCGGAAUUAGUUUUUUAAGGCCUGACAUUGCUAUUUAACAGAAAGUUACAAACCAUAAUUAUUAUUUAUACUAAAAAAAAUUCAAGUAAAGAAAUAAAAUAGCAUGAUAGAUUUGAUGUCUCAAAGGGUUUGGGUUGCCCAGAAAUUGCUCCAGCCAUGACGAGUCCAAUGCUUUAAUGUGGUCGAACUGGAUUCGUUCCUCUUUUUGCUGAUUUUUUUGUGCAAAUGUCACUGUGGAGUGUUGUAAGGUUAUCUGAUUCUUAUUCCAUCACAAUGCCCAGAAAUUUGGAUCUGCUGCCUCGUGUCUGUGGAUUUUUUUAUUUUUUUUAAAGGCAAGUGAGAAUUUUUCAAGUUUGGAUCUCGUGUGUGAUACAUUAUUUUCUAACUUGGUUUGGUUUGUUUAGUAGUUAAGGUCUUUAGUGUGAGUAACCAUUUGAAUGAUAAUUGAGGAUAAGAGGGGAGUUCUAUGUUUAGCAAAUUAGAUUAUACUUUUCUAUUUAUGUGACAACAUAGAAUGCCGUAGGUGUAGAUUAUGCGUAGACUGUAAUCUGAACGGUGAAGUAGCUUCAACCAUGGAGAAAACAUCAUUAUACAACAAAGAUGAUUAAGAGAGAUGUAAAAUAAAUGAUUUUCUAUAAAAUAACACCAUGUAUUAAAUGUUUGAAGCAAGGGAACAUUAGUGCAGAAAUAUAUUUUGCUCAAAAUGUGGAAUUCAAUCUUUGGCCCCCAGAAAAUGGCGCCAUUUGAAGAAUAUUUAAUUACAUGAAAAUAAAAUAUCCGGUCUGUGCUGAACGUAAAAUCAUAUGAAUUACCCAAAAAGGCACAUUAAAUUGUCUAAACUGGUUGGACAAAUAGAAAGAUUAUGAGUCCUGCAUCAAAUAAAACACUUUUGUUCUAAGUGCAAGACAGAAGGAAGAAAUUCAGUGAGAUUAUCUUUAUUCUAAGUAUUUUUCUCUGUCUCAAAAUCUGGUUCGUAAUUAUCUUAUGAUCACAUUCUUCGUGAUUGUAACUAGCUCACUGUCACACCGUUCUAGAGGAGGUGGUUCACCAAGCUUACGGAAAGUGUCAAAUGAAUUAUGAUAAUGUGGCGCAUACCCAGGAAGAGAGUUUUGGUUUAGGUUCAGCAACACCAGCUUGUAUGAAAAGUAUAUUCAAUAUUUGAAUGCAUGCACUGUUCAGGUAACCCAACGACCUGUCGUAAUACAUUUUUAUAUGAGUAAUGGCUAAAAUUUUCAUCCUAGAAAUGCUAAAAAUUAUCAAAGAAAAAUUCCUCAUUCUUUCUAUUCAAAAUUUAUUUCAGUGAUCUUUACAUCAAUAGAUUUUUGCCCAGCCUAUCAGUGUCAUGAUCAAACCAUGUUUUCUGCUUGAGGCCUCUUGCAGCGUCGACCCCCUCAUUUUGACAAUGUUCUUGUAUCAUUUUUUCAAACCAUACAUUCAGGGUACCUGUAUCUUGAUCGCAUUUUCAUAUCUAAUUUAAAACAGAGUGAGGAGACAUUUCUGCAUAAAAUGUCUGAUACAAUUGAUUCAUUUGUCGCAUACAAUCCUCUCUAAUGAGGACUUAUGGAUGGCUCAAGAACUUUUAGCCAUCCUCAUCAUAUGCUCUAUUUUUUCAAAUAGUCAAUCUUUUUUUUUAGUUUCCAAAAUGUUUAACCCUACAUGUGAUUAUAGGGACUCGAGGAGUAAUUAAUUUUCCAUUUAAUAUUUCAUGUUAUUGUAAUCAUUCUUGAUUUUUCUUAUUCUCAUUAGUUUGUUGUUACCUUCUCAAAAUGUGAAAUAGCCUGAUGUAACCUGUUUCGAAUAUCUAUAUUCUUUGUGAGACAAGAUAUGAGUCUCUGGUGCUGAAUUAUUCUUAUUAUGAAAAUGAUCUAAGGUUUAAUAUUAUAUUAGCUUAUUGCGAUGGAAAUGUAGAAACGUACUGAGCCGGAUAGCUCGCACUUUGAAAGCUAAGAUGACACCGAGUGAUUUAGCUUUAUAAACUUCGAUUAUUUGAUUUUAUAAAACGAUGGCUUCUUCAGAAAAAAAGAAAAGAAAAAAGGGUGGCCUCCGUGUUCUCUUUUUCUGCAUGCCUCUCCAUCAGUUCUUUAAUAGUCUCUGGUCUUGUGGCUGAGCAGUUUAGGCAUCUCACUGUUCCCUAGAACGCUCAUUCUCUGUUCAUUUUUGAGUCUGUCUGUACUGCUUUUCACAGAUUUGACAUCUCGCAGGCCCUGUAGCUGAGGACAUGUUCCAUUGGCAAGCGACAAUAAUGGGCCCUCCUGACAGUCCUUACGCCGGGGGCGUUUUCUUGGUCACUAUUCAUUUCCCUCCGGAUUACCCCUUUAAGCCACCAAAGGUACCGCCUGUUCUCCUUCCACUCGCUGUAUAUGGUUAACUCUCGAUGAAUUUUCUUCUGCUCGGCCAUUUCACGCACACCCUUGUGUUGACUGCAAGUAAUACAUCCGCUUGUGUUAGAUCAGGCUACUAGAGCCAUGUUGAAUGAACCUUGUGAUGUCGUGCGGUGAGGUGAGCCGCCAUAGUUUUGAAAGAACGCUCGGAGAUUUAUUUGGUGGGGAGGGUGGGCUCCUCGAGGGCAAUCAGAUUCUGAUAGACGUGGGCAGAUGCGUACUGUAAUUGGAUUGAUGUCUUCUGCUUCUCACCAUCGUUUGGUACCCGGUGGAAAGCUUGGAGAAUCUCACUGUAAACAAUGGAGUCUGCGCUGAGAUCCUCCUUCUAUGGCGACCGAUGAACGAGCCUUCUGCGGGGGAGGGAAUGCAUGCAAUUCUGGUUUAAUUCAGUAUCCAAUGUGGGUAUUUAUUUUGCAGGUUGCAUUCAGGACGAAGGUGUUCCAUCCCAACAUCAACAGCAACGGAAGCAUCUGUCUGGAUAUCCUCAAGGAACAGUGGAGCCCCGCGUUGACCAUCUCCAAGGUUCUUCCGCUUCGGAUUUCUCACACGACUCUGAUGAGCGCGGCGCUUUUUUUUCUCUAAAUCCGUGGUCUAUAAUUCUCAGGUGCUGCUCUCGAUCUGCUCUCUGUUGACGGACCCAAACCCGGACGAUCCCCUGGUGCCCGAAAUCGCGCACAUGUGCAAGACGGACAGGAACAAGUACGACAACACAGCGAGGAGCUGGACCCAGAAGUACGCGAUGGGUUAG